AUGGCUGAGCAACCGACACUGCUCCACAGACCUCUGCUUCCUAAGCUGCUGUCUAAACUGUCUACACCAAGGGAGAAUGUUGACAAAGGUAAACUGCACAGGCAGUUUCUGUGGGGAGCAAAAGUUUUCAUGCAAAUAAUGAGGGCAUUUGUUACUUCCAGUCAGAAUUUACAGUUGCCACCCAAGCAGGAAGGCUUUUUGGACAAUUAUCCUGCUAGAGCAGUGAGGAGUACAAAUAAUGAAAAUGGAAAAGAAGGGUCUGGCAGUUGUCAAGGGCUAGUCAGGCAAACAGACAUUUCCCUCAGCAAUGAACAUGUAUUUCAGAGUCUCUUCAAAAUCCAACGUAAAAUACAACCCAGACUUCAUCAGAUUUGCCAUGGUCAAGUGCAAAUCCAUCUCAAACAACUUCUUCAGACCCAGCUGAAGCCUGGAAAUGCACAGCCUCUGAGUGAAUAUAUCCAGUAUGCCUUAGGAAGGUUACAGAGGGAAGUCUUAAAACAGUUGAACAGCAUGGGAGAGUGGUACUUUAUGAAGCUGAUUCAAUUUAUAUGUCUCUUUUGGGCCUACUUUUUGUUUCAUCUUCCAGACUUGACCCCUGUAAUGGUUACCUUUGUCUGCCUUAAUCUGUCAUUCAAUAACUUACUCCUCUUUCCUAUACAGGUGUAUAUCUCCCUCAGGAGCACAGGACUCUUGACCUAAAGAAAUAAUCCAGUACUUCUAGCAGACCUCUGUUUUGAAAACUUUCAGUUGUUUUUAUUAGAAGAUCUCUAGUAUUUGGAUAUUGCCUAUGAUGAUACCAACUUUAUUCCUAAUGACAUCAAGAACCUCAGUGGUAUCUCGAGUUACUUAAAAAUUGUGUGUUUGAACACUGAAAAGAACCAGCCCUCUGCUUUGCAGAUUUUGAAUCUUCCACUAAAACUCCUCCGAUCAAAAAAUAGCUUCAUACACCCCUUGUUCCAUAAUAAUAAUAUGCAGAAUUAGCCCAAAAAGCUCACUCAUGUGGCUGCUAUUUGCUUCUAUAGAAAGAACCCAAAGGAAAAAUGCCUAGACAUUAAAGACAGAAAACAAAAAAAAUUAUUGGAUGAUUUUACUGCCUGUGAUUGCUGCAGUGGACCUUGAUAUGGCAAAGGACUUCAGUUCUAUUACAGGAACAUACUUAGAUUUGGAAGACUUCCCUUUUGUUUCCAUGCUUGCUCAUCAUUAUAGUACAGAAACCUCAUGUCUCAGACUGAGCCUUGUCUCCUAUGCCUUGUGGAAAGUGAUCUUGAUUGCAGCAGAGGAACUGUGAAUGGAUAA